GGGGUUGAAUGUAAGAUGGCGCCCAGGGAGCUGUGAGGGGAAAAGACUCGGGGCCGAGGCGGCGGCGGCGCGAGGCGACGGCGGCAGCAGGGCCGGGAACGUUACAAGUCUAAGAGCUCAGGACAAGAGCAGCAGAAAUACAUGCAACAUGGUGACUGAUGGAAGAGGUACAUGAUGAUUUGGUGGUGGACCUCAUCUUGAUCUUUGGGCCUGCUGCUUAUGUGUCUGGGUUUCUGGUGGCUUCUGGCCUCUGCUACACAGAGGCAUGAUGUACCUGUGAUCAGCCUUUUGACAGAAGGGUUGGAGAUCCAAAAGUAAAUGUGAGGGCUAACAGUUAGCUGCUAUGGAAAACGGUGGCCCUGCUGACCUCCCCACUCACUCCCUUGACAAGAUUAACAGAAGGUCAGUAGCUAUUCUCUGAAUAGUUACAACACAGUAAGUGCCAAUGCAGGAGCAAGGAAGAAGGCUGGAACUUUGCUGAGAGGAACCCUAAGGACCUUGCAAUAUGAAUAAUUCUCUGGAGAACACCAUUUCCUUUGAAGAAUACAUCCGUGUGAAGGCGCGAACGAUCCCCCAGCACAGGAUGAAGGAGUUUCUGGACUCCCUUGCUUCCAAGGGGCCGGAAGCUCUGCAGGAGUUUCAGCAGACGGCCACCACCACAAUGGUGUAUCAACAGGGUGGCAACUGCAUUUACACAGACAGCACAGAGGUGGCUGGGUCUUUGCUUGAACUUGCUUGUCCUGUGACAACCAGUGUCCAGCAGCAAACUCAGCCAGAGCAGCAGAUACAGGUUCAGCAACCCCAGCAAGUCCAGGUUCAGGUCCAGGUCCAGCAGUCACCGCAGCAGGUCUCCGCCCAGCAGCUCUCUCCACAGCUCACUGUCCAUCAGGCUUCGGAGCAACCGAUACAGGUCCAAGUGCAGAUCCAAGGCCAGGCGCAGCAGCAAGCAUCCCAGACAAUACAGAGUCAAUGUCUUCAGAGCCCCAGCCCAUCUCAGCUGCAGGCAGCUCAAAUCCAAGUGCAGCAUGUGCAGACUGCCCAGCAGAUCCAGGCUGCGGAGAUACAGGAGGAACACAUACAACACCAGCAGAUCCAGGCCCAGCUUGUGGCAGGACAGGCCAUUACUGGUGGCCAGCAGAUACAGAUCCAAACAGUUGGGGCACUGUCACCUCCACCUUCUCAACAAGGCUCUCCACGAGAGGGAGAGCGGCGGAUCAGCACUGCUAGUGUCCUUCAGCCAGUGAAGAAACGUAAAGUGGAUAUGCCUAUUACUGUAUCAUAUGCUAUUUCAGGGCAGCCAGUUGCCACAGUGCUGGCCAUUCCUCAGGGCCAGCAGCAAAGUUACGUCUCUUUAAGGCCAGACUUGUUAACAGUGGACAGUGCUCACCUGUACAGUGCCACUGGGACCAUUACUAGCCCCACUGGAGAGACUUGGACCAUCCCUGUUUACUCUGCUCAACCACGCGGUGACCUUCAGCAGCAAAACAUAACCCACAUCGCCAUCCCUCAGGAGGCCUACAAUGCCGUCCACGUCAGUGGCUCGCCAACGACACUGGCUACCGUGAAGCUGGAAGACGACAAGGAUAAGAUGGUGGGAAGUACUUCAGUAGUGAAGAACUCUCACGAGGAAGUGGUGCAGACUCUUGCUAAUUCGCUCUUUCCGGCGCAGUUUAUGAAUGGCAACAUCCACAUUCCAGUGGCAGUGCAGGCUGUGGCAGGGACAUACCAGAACACAGCACAGACAGUGCACAUAUGGGACCCGCAGCAGCAACAGCAGCAGCCCACACCCCAAGAGCAGGGGCAGCAGCAGCAGCAACUACAGGUCACUUGCUCAGCUCAAACUGUUCAGGUUGCUGAAGUUGAACCACAGCCACAGCCACAGACUUCACCUGAACUUCUACUUCCAAACUCUCUGAAGCCAGAAGAAGGACUUGAAGUGUGGAAAAGCUGGGCACAGACCAAGAAUGCAGAGCUGGAAAAAGAAGCCCAAAAUAGGCUAGCACCUAUUGGAAGGCGUCAGCUGCUGAGGUUCCAGGAAGAUCUCAUAUCUUCAGCUGUGGCUGAGCUGAAUUAUGGUCUAUGCUUAAUGACACGAGAAGCUCGAAAUGGUGAUGGUGAACCUUAUGAUCCAGAUGUGCUCUACUAUAUUUUCCUGUGUAUUCAGAAGUAUCUCUUUGAAAAUGGCCGAGUAGAUGACAUCUUCUCAGAUCUGUACUAUAUUCGGUUCACUGAAUGGCUGCACGAAGUUCUCAAGGACGUACAGCCACGCAUUUCCCCUCUUGGUUAUGUCCUAUCCAGUCAUGUAACAGAAGAGAUGCUGUGGGAGUGUAAGCAGCUAGGAGCUCACUCCCCUUCCACCUUGCUCACUACACUGAUGUUUUUUAAUACAAAAUACUUCCUGUUGAAAACAGUAGACCAGCACAUGAAGCUGGCCUUCUCCAAGGUGUUGAGGCAGACCAAGAAGAACCCUUCUAAUCCCAAGGAUAAAAGCACGAGUAUUCGCUAUCUGAAGCCUCUUGGCAUACAUCAGACAGGACAGAAAGUUACAGAUGACAUGUAUGCAGAGCAGACUGAGAAUCCAGAGAACCCCCUGAGGUGUCCGAUAAAGCUGUAUGACUUCUACCUCUUCAAAUGCCCCCAGAGUGUGAAAGGCCGGAAUGACACGUUUUACUUGACACCGGAGCCAGUGGUGGCCCCCAACAGCCCUAUCUGGUAUUCCAUCCAGCCGAUCAGCAGAGAGCAGAUGGAGCAGAUGCUCACCCGGAUCCUGGUGAUACGAGAGAUUCAGGAAGCUCUUGCCGUGGCUAAUGCCAGCACCAUGCACUAAGGCAUCCUUCUUGGCUCAGAAGGGGUGGGGCGGGGUGAUGGGGGAGGGACAAGCAAAGAUAAAUUGUACAGACUUUUACACUAAAGGAGAUGCCUAAGUUUUUGGUUUUUUAUUGGUGUAGUUAUGAAGCCCUUUUAGGCUUCUUCUCUUUAAAAGAAUCUAAAGGAAAACCUACCCAUUGUGUAUCCUACCCAACAUACCAAACUGUUGGAAGCAUUGGAGGCUGCAUAUUCCCUGCGAGCUGGGAGCUGUGGAAAGCUGCUGGUUGACUCUGGGUUUUUUUAUGAUGUAGAAAACAUGAACUACAGGAUUGGCCUGGAUGGCUGGGGCCUCCGUCUCCUUGGAGCACGUGCAGCCUAGAGGGCGCAGAAUGAUGGAUGGACCUGCUCAGCCAGUGGAGGAGAGGCAGGCAUCUUUUCUUGUGCUUGGACAUUAAUUUGCUGUUAUCUUGGAAGGAAGAGGAGAGAGUGAACUGCAAUUGUGAUUUAUACAAAAAAAAAAAAAAAAAAAACACAAAAACAAAAAACAAACCAACGAUUUCUAUUCAGACCUUUAAGUGACAUUUUUAGAUGUUAAAAGUACAAACUUUACCACACUCUUCUUUUUUUGGCCUAACAUUGAGGCCUUAAACCUUGAGGCUCCUGUGCCUGUUGGAAUUCUUGUAACAUACACUUGUGUAUCAUAUAAAGAUACCACCCUGUUUCUCUUAUGUAUUCUUACUCUAGUUGUUUAUUAAGAAUGACAAGCACGUCUUUUCAACAUGCCAUUGAACAAUGUGUCUUUAUUUGGGGAAGAGUGAGCUGUGAGGGUGGGGGGGGUCAUUAUACAAAGAUCAGUAUGCAAACUGGUUGUUUUCAUCCCUGUUUGUGCUUUCCAGCUUGACUCCGCUGGACUUCUUUCACUCCUACAAAUUAGGAAGGUAGAAGGGGAUUAACUUCUGUUGAAGGACCUGAAUGUCUGCUUGCUGAUGGAAGCUCAGUGUCAGGCUAGGAACAUGGGAUCUGUGAGACCAGAUCAGACUGCCCUCAUGUUCUGUGGCCAGCCUGUGAGGCUUCUCCCGCAGGGCAAAUCCCCCUCUCUCCACCUUUACAAACGCAUCACACCAACGGCAUGAUGGAGGGGUGUUGGAGGGAAAAGGCCUUCCAGGAGCAGCACAUGGCUAACUCCUGCCAUUUAACAGCCUUUUCACAGUUUUUAACACUGCUGUGUAGCUUCUGGCAUCGUUCAUAAACCCCAGCCCUGUAGCCUUGCCUUGCUGCAUCUUAAAUGGUUGCUGUAUUUUAUAUCAUUAACAAAUAGUCUGCUCUUUUGAAGCCAGCGGGUAGCCAACUGUGCUUGAAAUGGGAGUUCACUCUAGCCAGGCUUGUUGUUUGUGCCACCAGCUUCUUGGAUGCAGAGAGAUGGCUCUGCUUCUUGAACUUGUCUUCCCUGCUUUCUCCAUCUCAUGUCCCUUUCCUGUUCCAAAAUAUAUAGAUAUAUAUUUAAAUAUAUAUUGCAGUAAAAGAACUUAAACUUGUGUACAGGCAAGCAAUUUUUCUGAAGCUUCUGUUGACCAGCACCUGUCUGUAUUGAGAAGGAAGGUUUGCCCUCUCUGUCGGUUGUGUACAGUGUAAAUGAUGAGAGCAGCCAUAAUGUUCUCUGUCUUUGUGCUCUUGAGCAGUGUUGAGGUGCGCGGGCUUAGAGAGAGACUUCGAGCCGCUGAUGCUUCAUAUUGAUGUUGGUGUUCUUGAGGAAGCAGAUGUGCUUGAGUUGGUUGUGAGUAGGCGUGGUUUGUUCCCUGUAUAGGACUCUGUGCUCGAAUAAGUUCAGGGAGGUGAAAUAGCAACACACUGUUGUUUACCAAUACCCAUACUCUGAAGUAGACUCUUAGCUCGGUGUUUGCCCUUGGAGUUAUGCCAGGGAAAAAUAGCCUGGAGUUGGUGCCAAGAUCUAAGUGGGUGAGUUGGGAAGAUGGAACCCAGGUGGUGUGUAGUGCUGGCAACCCACACCCUCGGCUCCGUUCAGCCACUGGGAGCCAGUGGUUGCCCCUGGUAGGGUGGCUGUUGGGAUCGCUAGUAUUGCUUCCGCUCUCAGAAGCCUUUAAUCCCUUCAUCAUAUCUUAGCAACUGGAAUGUUCACCUCUGGCCCUAAAUUAAAUAUUUAAGGACAUGGUUAGGGGCAAGCUCCCACUGUUUCAAGAAGCUAGGUGUACUUGUUGCUCAGGAUGCCCAACAGGCGUGCACAGAAUGGAUUUCCCAUUCUGCUGGGCAGUUUGUCUUGUCUUCUGAACACACUUGCAAAGAUGUGAGAGAAACUGCAGAUGCCUGUGCUGGAGUCCCAGUGUGUGCUCUGCAGGAGCACAUGGGAAGCCAGCUCCAGCGUGCCCGUGCCUCCGUGUGCACCUGCUGCUUUGUCUGUCACCAUUGGAAAUGCGGUGGGUGUUCAAGUCACCUGUCAGAUACACAGUGUGCAAGUUGUUUCAUUGGGUGACUUUGGGAGUCACUGCUUACUCUAAAAAUUGCCAGAAGCUGGAAUAACUUGGCAGAAUAUUAGGGCAGUUCCAGGUGAACAGAUACUUCAUCUGAGCUUUCUGGGGAAACAGAAUUCCAUGUUACCUUGAAAUUCUAGAUUGUGUGCUUUCUUUAAUACCCUUAACUGGAGGAUGACCUAAAAUCUUUGUAGGGGAAGAGUUCUCCUUGAUCUUGGAGUAUACCGCUUAAGAGCAGGGCAACUUGGCACAUGGUGAGCUCUGGAGAUCUCCUUAUGAUUGGCUUUGUCCUGACAGACUGAAGAGUUUCCAUCAUUUUUCUCAUUGUUUGAACGUACGUAGAGGGAUUUGCUGAUGCAGAAGUGGACUGCUGUACUGCUCUGUACUGUCUCAUCAGAAUAUCCACCGUGUUAACUUCAUUCCCUAUUUUUAGAGACAAUCGAUAUACUGUGACUUAAGGAUUAUUUUCCUGGACCUGGCUUCUAGUCUGGCUCUCUGGAGCUAGUUUAAAAAGGUACAGUAUUUCUUGAAUAUAAAUACUAUGUUCUUUGAUAGUGAAGAACAUGAUCUGCUCCCUUUUAGGGGCUCAUAGGAAGACGUGCACAGAGUAGCACAGAAGAGUGCUGUGGCUUAGGGUUGCUAUCCAAGUUCUGGGAAAUGUUCCCAGUCAAACAUGUAAAAUAGCUUUUUAACACUUUCCUAUAACCAGCUUGACUGCUGCUUAAAGGGCAUUCCCCCUCGGCUCCGAGAGUGCCAAACUGCUAGCUCUUGUAUGCGUGUAUAUAUUAAAUGAGAACUUUCAAUGCCCUACGCCUUGUAUGAGACAGGCUGAAAAUGCAUCGAUCUCUCAAUAAAUAAAGCUAAGAAGUCAAGCUGGAGACCCUGCGCUGUUGGUUUCGAACUGUGCCCAUCUUGUCUCUGUGCUAUGAAAGGAACCAUAGAAAGCAGAGCGUGACUGACUAUUGUAAAGCACCUCACAUUCUGACAUGACUCAUAUAUUGUCCUAUCUCUUGACACUAAUAGCAUUGCUUUCCUAAGGAAACUUGUAGCCUCUUACAUACUUGUCAUGGCACCAUUAGUUUUUCAUUUACUUUCAAGAGUUCAAGCAUUUCCUCUAAGUGGUAAUGGCUGAAGCAGUGGAGAGCAGACUCGAGAGUGGUUCCUCACUCCUGUCUAGAGUGGUGAAUAAAGGGAGCGCUCUAAAUAACUUCACAGGGCUCUCAUCUGUUUGGAUGCUUCAGCCCUCAAGAUCUCCUGGAUUUUUUGACAGGAGACAAGGUCUGAAGUAGUUCCUGAACCGUUCUGCCUUGGGCCAAUGAAAAAAGACUUAAUCUGAUCCCAAAUACGAAACCUCUUCUGCACUGUUGCUCCUAGGGCAGAAAUUAAGGCAGUCUUGUUCUCAGCUGCACAAGGGCUACUGUCUACCUUGGUAUACCUAGAAUGGAUUAGGCCGUCUUCAAGCCUCCUAUGCUGUGAUAAACACAGAUCCAGAAGAGGCAGGAAAGAGCCCUCCGAGCAUAUGUGGGGUGGAGGACUUGCUGAUACUGUAGUUGCUCAUCCUCUAGCUGGUCUGAGUGCUGCUAGACAUGGACUCAGCACAGUCCAACCAAACUGCAUUCUCAUCCAAGUUUAAUAGUGACUUCCUUGCAAUUCAUGUUUGGACUCUUGAAUCACUGUCCAAGUGGGAUAUAAACUGUCUUCCACCCUAUAUGGGGCUUUUCUCCCCAUCUUCUUGCUGGAGCUGCUCCUCUCAAAAACUACAGGGAAUGUACCUUAUCCUGAUGUUUCAGCCUGUUGUUUCACUGGUGCCAAUGCAUAGGAAAGAGCCCUUCUCAGCUCAAGCAUCUUCCUACCUUAAGGAGCAUCUCAAAUCUUCCAGAAAUCUCACUGACAUGCUGCCCCAAAAAUCUCUGAAGCGAUUGCUGUGUCCCCUACUUGUCAGUUCCCUUUGUUGCGUGGCUGAAGCUCGGCGCUCAGCACUGCAGUCACUUUCCCUGUAUAACUUUGUGCAUGGCAGACACGUUUGCCUGCUUCUUCGUUCUCAUUUGAGCUCAUCAAAAUGGGGAGGCAGAUUGAACCCACUUAUAGCAGCAAUAAACCACGUCUGGAACUUGAGAGGGAACUGCAGGAGAUUAUGAGGUGGCGGGGGAUGUCUCAGAAAGGCAGGGUCCUGUUGCAGCCCAGAGCCUCGCUUGAUAAUGAGUGUGCAGCCUAUAUGCAAAACAUGUCUUGUCUGUCCCUCCCGUGUUGACCCUGGUCUAAACAGCACAUGUGAUUGGCAUCCUGCAAAGUGACCUUCAGAACUCUCCAGUAGCUUUGCCCCGUGAGUAACUCACACUACAAAUCAUUUUAAAGAGAUGCACUCAACUAUUUUUUUAAUUUAAUUUUACUCUUAUAUUCUCUGCUCUUUGUAAUCUGCUUGGAAAUAAAAUGUUUUUCCCUGCA